AGGGGCAUUUUAUUGCCAUAUUUUCAGGAAAAAAAAAAAGGAAAAUUAAAUACGAUAUUAAACUCUUCAUCUAUGUUUUCUGUUUGUUUCCUGCGAAACUUAAAGAAUCGAAGGAAGAUUCAAUACGAUAUUCCUCAACAAGAAGCCAAUCAAUUUGCCUAAACAGAAAGACAGAGAUUCUGCUUUCUGUAAACAAUCAAUCUCCAUUCCAUUUCGAAGAAAUAUUUGAUCAAAUAAAAUAUUUGACCAUCUGAAUCUCUCUGUUUAAACCCGCAAUUCUCGUAGAACACUGUUAUUCUCAUUGCAAUCGAGAAUCACCUUAUAACAUCCCAUCACACGAGCAUUAUCGGUGAGGAACUCGACGAUUUUCUUCCCUAGUUGCUUCCCUCGCGCACCGGCAUCAACCACGACGUCUUCGAUGUGUCCGACUUUGCCGCAAUUCCUCAAGAAUCUUCUCGACGAACACGCUCCCGGUCGCGAGGAUCUUGCCGGACUGAUCGUCUUCGAUCACGCAGAUGAGGUGAACGUCGCCGUAAGAUCGCAGCUCCUGAAAUCUUCUUCGAAUUCCUCAUCGGAGAAGGAAUCGCAGACGCUUAGUUGCUGUAAUAGAUCUAUGAAGCCCUUGGAUUAGUCAGACAUUUCCAAUUUCCGAACUCAGGAAGUCUCUUCUCCGAUGGAUGAAAUAGGGCUCUGCAUCUUCUUCAGCAGAGACUUGUAAUUCAGUGGCGGCGUUUCAUUUCGAUGGAAUGAAGUUUAACUUUCAAAGGGCAAAGUGGAUAUUGUGGUUGUAUCCUCAAUAAUUUAUCAGAAGUCUA